ACGUUCACACAUGAAAAUCAACUCAGUCAAAAUUCAAACAUGUUUCUUAUUAUAGCCUGAGCUUUGAAUAUUCCACUUUUACCUCCAGGUGAAAUAUGUUAACAUAAUGUGCCCCGAGAAACUAAAUAGCUGGUAUGCUAAUUGUUUUUGAUCUAAAGAUAAGUCGUACACUGUGGACAUUGUUCAGUGAAGCGGAGCCAUGUUUUUGUCACAUGAAGCAGGUGGAGGUUCACUCUGCAUAUGAAUCAGGUUCCAGCUUUCGCUUCUGCAUUUCUUCUCCUUCUCACGCCGGAGGCAGAUGCUCUUACAAAUGACAUGCAAAUGCAUCAAGUCCUGUAGAAAAAAGGAGAAGCUGAAACCAUAAUUUAAAAAAUAAAAAACAACAAAAAGAACAGAAGCGAUCACGGAUCUGACUUCCUGAGGAAAAGUUUUAGGCCAAUAUUAGUUUCAGUUCAAGCAGUUUUGAACUCCACAAUGAGGAUAUAUUUUACAACUAUUGUCUGGUUGCUGACAGUCAGGGGAAGUUUACCUUUAGAAGUGAAGAAUAAUGGAGCGCCCCUCAACACCCCUUGCAAAAGUGCAUCAGUGGACCAAACAGCAUACACUGGAGAUUCUGUUUCCUUCACCUGCAAAUAUUCACAAGCCGAUAAAAACAGCAUCAGAAACUUCUGCAGACUCGACGGAAACAACGGCUGCGCGAAUAUAAUUUCAGCUCAGCUUUCAAACUACACAAAACUGGCAAAGAUUUCCCUCAGCGAUGAUAAGCAGCGAGGAUUGUACAAGGUGGACAUCUCCAUGGUGACUCAGCAGGAUUCGGGCAAAUACUGGUGUGCCUUGAAAAAAGAUGAUUUCAUCACUUGUUUGCAGGAAGUCGUCCUCCAUGUUCUGAACCCGGUUACAGUCCAGACCUAUCCAGAAAAGGGAGAGUCACCACUACCACCACUACUAGUGAAGAUUAGGUCCAACAGGGAUUCUGGUUGUGAUUCUGACUCUGGUUGUGACGAUGAAAAAGUAACCCAAGGAUCAAAAACAGGAAUGAUUGCUGGUAUUGUCUGUGGUGUUGUGAUCGUGGUGGUGCUUGCGAUUGUCUUAAUACUGUGCAGACGGAAACUCUGCAACAGACAAGGGGAAACAUCAGAACAGAAGAUAAACACAAUACAAAGUGCAGAGAGAAACGAUAGAGAUCACCAAUAUGAAGAGAUACAGAUGCAGAACAAACAAGCAAACACAGUCUGCACUCUGUAUUCUACAGUGAACCCACCUGCAGACCAGCUGCACUACGCCAGCGUCAAUAUCCAGGGCGGAGAUCCCACCACUGGUAGUGAUCAAAAUGCCUCUGCACAUCCUCCAGCAGAGACCACUCUCUACUCUACCGUCACAAAGCCUGGAGAAUAGAGCAGCCAAACUUCCUGCGUGUCUUUUCUGAAACAUGUUGAAGAGAAUUUGACCUUUUUCUUGGUACUUAACAGUGGCGUCUACAAGGAGGGGGGGGCAGAGAGAUGGACCACUGAGAAAUGCUGGCCACCACAGUGGUGCCCCCGAGAAAUUUAUUUCAUGUCAUAUCUUCUUCAGUGAAGACAUAAAUGUAAACAGGCAAAGUAAAUAAAUAAAUGAAAUUCUAUAUUUUUUGUAGCUGUGACGCCCUAAAAUCGGCACCCUAUGAGCAUGUUCAGGGGCGCCACUGAGAUACAGAGAAAGGGCGGUUCAAACCGCUGCAGGGAUUUUAAAGAAGGAAUGUCUCGCGUCAGGAAACCUUUUGAUUUCUUUUACUCCAAACCCAAUAGAGAAGCUGCCAGGAGCAUCAGCUGCAGCCACCAGCAAGGGGCGGAGAAUCGAGAGGAGGGCGAAUCCUUAACUCUGUCCAGCUGAACCUGAAACCUAUUGUGUUACUGCAGCCUGAGAUGUUAGUGAACUAUGGGAAAUGUAGGCUGCCACUGGAAUGGACGUGCUGAUUCUUUGUUUUGUUUGCUUGUGAAUAAGUGGAACUCUGCAGCUGUGGAGUCAGAACUGUAUUUGGAGUUUUUAUUUUACUAAUUUCAUGCAUUAAUGUCUAUUCUUUGGCUUUUUUUGUCUUGAUUUUAGAUAUCUUGUUUGACUUUGAUCAAAUAUUGUAUCAGUAUUAAAAGCUAACUUUCCUUCAGAAA